AUGGUUAGCGUCUUCGCCGUGCAGGUCUUCUUCAUCACUUUCCGCGAGUGCUUGGAGGCAGUCAUCAUCGUUUCCGUGCUGCUCUCCUUCCUCAAGAAAUGCCUCGGCCAGCCCGGCCAGGAUCAAGAUAUAUACAAGCAGCUGAGACGGCAAGUCUGGGUCGGCUCUGCGGCAGGCAUUGGGAUAUGCCUGGUUCUCGGCGGCGCCUUCAUCGGCGUCUUCUACGGCCUCGGCCACGAUAUCUGGUCCAAGUCGGAGGACCUAUGGGAAGGUAUCUUCUACCUAAUUGCCGCCAUCAUCAUCACCAUCAUGGGCCUCACCCUGCUACGUAUCAACAAGACCCAGGCAAAGUGGCAGGUCAAGAUCGCCAGGGCACUGGCCGAGCAUAAGGAGAAAAAGUCCUUUAUUCUCGGCAAUUGGGCCCGUCGCUAUUCCAUGUUCCUGCUGCCCUUCAUCACUUGUCUUCGAGAGGGGCUCGAGGCCGUCGUCUUCAUCGGCGGCGUGUCCCUGGGUUAUCCUGCUACCGCGUUUCCCCUCCCAGUCAUUACGGGAAUCAUAGCCGGCGGCUUGGUCGGAUGGCUCAUCUACCGUGGUGGAAACGCCAUGUCCAUUCAGCUGUUUCUUAUCGCGUCUACCUGUGUGCUGUACCUCAUUGCCGCUGGCAUGUUCUCCAAAUCCGUCUGGAGCCUGGAAUUCAACACGUUUGGCAACAAGGUUGGCUCCGACGUUGCUGAGGCCGGGGACGGUCCGGGGUCGUACAACAUUUUUGAAUCUGUGUGGCAUGUAAACUGUUGCAACCCAGAAAUAGACAAUGGAUGGGACGUCUUCAAUGCCAUUCUAGGCUGGCAGAAUUCUGCAACUUAUGGCUCGGUCCUCAGCUACAACUUGUACUGGGUCUUCAUCAUGGUGACUGUCUCGUGCAUGCUGUAUCAAGAACGCCAUGGAUUUUUCCCCUUGCAAAAGCCUGCCUUGCAGCUGAUGUCCCGCGUUCCUGGCCUGCGGGGAUAUGCGCUGCGCAAGUUGAAUCAUUCCGAUGCAGAUGACGAGGAGAUUGUUCGCCAGGUGGGUAACAACAUGUUCACCGAAGUCACAACGGAGCGCGUCGAACCGACAAAGUAG